AUGAGUUUUUAUCAACCUUCUUUGUCGCUGUAUGACAUUGUAGACGCUUUGGCAAACCAGGCAGCAGUGAGAAACCAAGACAGGCCAGAUGUGAGAAGAGUUAACCACCCAAGAGGCCACCAAGGCCACCAUGGGCACCAUCACGGUGGUGCAAGACAUAGAGCUGCUGUGACGAACCCCUAUGGACAAUCAUACGGUCAAUCACCUUACUAUUACGUGGAAAGACCGCAAACGUCGUACUAUCGUCCAAGCUAUUACGAAGAGGACGAUGAAGAGGGUCCCUACUACUGGACUGGACUUAUUCCUCAGCAGGGACCCCAUCAGGGACCCCAGCAAGAAACUCAGCAACGAUCUUUUGACUUUUUGCCCGAAAUUUUGAGGGCUUUUACCGGUUCAGCUGAUGUAGAACAACAGCCUCCACGCGGAGCGGAUGAAAAAGAGGCUGGCCAGGAGAUGGGUGAGAUCUCUGAAACAGCACCCCCCGUUGCUGAGGAUCCAGCCAGUAUCGUACAAGAGCUAAAACGCGCCGUUGAGAGCAACGAUGCUGAAGAAAUCGCUGCGGAAGAAGAAUCGGCUCGUUCUGAAGCCCCCAGUCCUGUUCCAGAGCCUCUGCAAGUGUCCAAGCCUCAAACUCGUCGCGGGGCGCCGUUUUCUCCCCAGGUGAACGUUUACGACGAAUCUGACACGUAUGCUGUUGUGAUGGCUCUUCCAGGUGCGAGUUCCAAGUCUUUCAAAAUCGAUUACCAUCCUUCAUCGCACGAGCUGCUCAUAAAAGGCACCUUGGACAAGAAGUUUGGAUUCGACGACAAAAACGUACGUGUUUCUGAGUUGCACACAGGCAAGUUCGAAAGAUCCGUCAAAUUUCCCGUCGUACCCAGAAUAAAGGAUGAGGAAAUCAAGGCCAGUUAUAGCAACGGGCUGUUACUGAUCAGGAUCCCCAAGAUUCUCGACGAAUCUCUCCAGCAUCCUCCAAGAAGACACAUCGUGAUAGAAGACGUUCCUGAUGAAGAGUUAGAAUUUGAAAAGAAUCCAAACCCUCAAACCUCGUUGUAA